UUCCGUUUGUCGAGGUCUCGACACCGCGCGCGCGCUCCUCGUCUCCCGGACUCUUGCCAUCAUCAUCAUGAGCACGCCUGAAGCCCUGCUGAACACGCUGCGCAAGCUGGAUGCGAAUAAGGCGUGCGCCAACUGCGACGCCGUCGCCAAGUUUGGCCACGGCAACAUUUGCGAAAAGUUCAAAACGUUCGUGUGCAACCACUGCAAGAGCGCGCAUCAGAGCUACAGCCACCGCGUCAAGAGCGUGACCAUGUCCAACUGGACCCGCGAAGACGUGGACGCAUUGAAGGAAGAACAUGGCGGCGGCAACGCCCUCGCUCGACGCACUUGGCUUGCAUCUUGGAAAGAUGGUGAUGGUCGAUCCCUGCGCAAACCACUGGAAACCGAUCAUUUGGACGUGUUCAAGAAGUUUAUCAACGCCGUCUACAACGACAAGGCAUACUUCUCGGAACCCAACGCCGCGCCAUCUUCGUCGCGUCCAAAGCCGACGCCACCGCCGCCCCACGUGUCGUCCAUCGUGUCCACACAUGCUUCAACGUCGGGCGACCUCUUGGGCUUUUCGCCGCCACCGACGUCGUCGUUGUCCAGCGCGACAUUUGAAGCCAAUUUUGAUGCUUUUUCCGCGCCGGUGCCUCCACAGCUUGCCACGUCAUCGUUUGAGGCCACCUUUGACGCGUUCCCGCCGCCGUCAGCUGUCGCCACCACCACUCCCCAACACCACCACGACGAAUGGUCGGCGUUUCAAUCGGCAACCGUGGUCCCGCCCGCGCCGAUUUCCACGCCUUUCGACCCGUUUGGGAUUCCGUCGGCGGCCGCGGGGGCUACUAGUAGUACUAGUCCGAGUCUUGCCUUUGAUCCGUUUGCAAGUACGACUACUAGUACUAGUAGUACUAGCAGUACUCCCACCCACCACCGAGGACCGCCAACGCCCCAACAUUCUCACGCUGGUACUGCGAUCAACUCAUUGUUGCAACCGGCAGUUGGCCUCCACGGCUUUGGCGUGCCAAACAACCAGCAGCCAUUCAACCAAGCACUGUAUCCCCAAGGAGGAGGCCAGCUUAGCAACAUCACGUACAGCGGUGGCGGUGGCGCUAGCAUUAGCUCGUUCUUAGACCCGACGCUGGUGGCUAGCCCCCACCCACGACCGCCACUAGGUGGACAACCCAGCUACCACCACCAGCCCACGUUUCAACCACAGCCAAGCUACCAACAACAAGGGUAUCAUCGACCUAGCCAGACCAGUGGCGGCCGUGACCCGUUUGCAGGGCUAGCGUUCAAGUAACCAGCUACAGUAGCUUAGGUAGCUACAAAUAAACACACCGACGAAACACGUGUAGUAUUACUAGUACCUGUUGUAGCUAGCUAGUACUACUACUAUCUGAACUUGUCGAUGUGCUUGUGCUCGUGUG